CCAAUCCAGGGGCCGGGAGCCGCAGGCCAAUCGGCGGGCGCUGGUCGUUCCGCCCAAUGAGAAGCCGAGGAGCGGCGGUUCGAAAGAGCGGCGGGCGCCGCGGCAGGAACGGUUACGAGGCCCGGGCCGCCUGCAGCGGACAUGGAGACAAGGAAAUUAGAUGGAAGUUUCUUUAAAAAAGCCCUGAAUAAAGAUGAAGUUGAAAAUAUUCUCAGUGAAAUUAGUAAUCUUAAAAUGACUGAGAGAGAGAAUGGCAAAUACAAUAAAAAAAAUGAAGUCAAAUGUGAAAGCCUUUGUUCAGCUCCUCAAAACAUUCUGUGUCUUGGUCUGCAAACUGCAAGAACUCCUGCUCCAAGGAUCCUACAACUGUUGCCAUCUCAAUCAUCUGAUUUCGUGGGAGAAGAAUAUUACUCUUCAAGAAAAAUUCCCAAAUUAGGAGAAUGGAGUAUAACAACUUUUAAAGACAAUAUUAUUCCCACAGGGAGACAACUUCCUCGUACCCCAUUCUACACAAAUCAGCAAGGGAAAUUGUUGCUAGGAGCUUUAAAGGACCAUACAGUACUGAAUGAGAGAUAUUCAACAGGUGUAGUUGGACCUAGUCAUUCAGAAUGUGAUACACUUAAGUUACAGAUUGCUGAUGUGUUGGAGAAACUUUUGAGGGAGGAGACUUCUGUAAAGACUCGUGCCUCAAAUGCAUGGGUUUACCCUAGGAAAAAAGAUUCCAUUUGCCAGUGUACACAGCAGCCUGAUGACGACCACAGCAUCUCUGGCAAUACAGCAAAUGGCAAGGAGGUGGCACCAUCUCUAGUUGAGGAUGAGCAAGAAUUACAAGAAGAGUUGAACCUCUGGAAGAUUCUCCAGUACCAAGCUGUUUCACUACUACUUCAACAAAUAGGAGAAGACUAAGUCAGAUACCCGUUCAAGGGUUGAGUGAGAUGAAUAUAUCCAUGAUGAUUAACAGAAUAAAAGGCUACCAAUGCACUAAAGAAGAUAUGGAAUUUCUUCGACACAUGAAAAACCAAGAACAAGCACAGAAGUUGAAGGCAAAAUAUUUACAUCUACAAAAGGAACUAACCAACAUGAUUCAGACAAAGGAGCUGCUGCUAGCACAGCGAGAGAAAGUGCAAGAAGAGAUUGUACAAAUGAAAACAUCUUAUGAUAGAACAGUCCAACUUGCAAGAGCUGUCCUGGGAAAGAAAAUGGAUCCUGCUGCUGUCGAAGCAUUACCAUCAAAAGCUGUGCUUGGGCAGCUGAAUCCUGUGAAACUGCAGCAUGUUCAACAGCAAGAGAGGGCUGAACUUCAGGCACUUACAAAAGAGCUGAAGACGUUAAAACAUUCCAUUGCCCAACUGCCUCAGAAACAGGGAAUAAGGCUGGAAAGAGAGUCUUGUAAACAACGGAUACAGGAAGCGGAACAUAGAGUACAGCAAGCACAAGAAGAUGUGGAGAAUCUGAAACGCAAAAUUGAAGCAGCACAGUCAAAACUAGCAGAAGCUCAGGAAUACCUGUGUAAUACAAGAGUUGAAAUAGAGAAGUGGCACAUGUUGAAAGAGAAGACAACUGUUUCUCAGCCACUGGAGAAUGCCCAAGAUUAUCUUAAGAGAAGACUUAACAGAAUCUUGCGAAGAACAGAUAUCUUUUUAGAAAGGGAAAAAAUAAUUGAAAGACUUAGUCUUUCGCAAUGAGUACGCCCCUAUGCAUGCAGAUCACUCAAUGCUGGGCACCUGAGUUUUCCAAAUUGUAUUACCUAAUACUUAAGAUGCAGCCAGAAUCAUAAGGCUAAAAUUUAUGUAUGUGAAAGUCGAUUUUUAAAUUACAGGUUUAUUCUUUUCAAGUAUGGAAACUCUAAGCUACUCGAACUGCUGGAUCUGAAACAAUCAAUCAUAGUGAUCUAGGAGGAGUCGUCAAAUCCAUUAGGAAUUUUGUACACUGGAAGGCAUCACUUAAGGUCAGUGUUUAUAUAAAUAGUUAUUUAUUAGUGCUUUCUUAGGCUAGGAAUUAAUUUUAGAUAGCAACUAUAAUAAUCCCGGUGUCACUUCCUAACCAUAUACAAUGGUGGAAAAAGCCUUUCCCCUAAAUUGUUUUAAAGCAGGUGCUAAUAACUUAUUGAUGACCCAGAGCAGGAUUUCUAAAUGAAGUUAGUUUUUACAAAAUACACUUUCUAUUAGAGAAAAGUGAGUUUGUCUUAAUGUCCCCUGGCAUCGGCCCUCUCUCGUUAAAUGUAUUAUGGAAGAACUAGAUUCACCAAAAAAUUAAUACUUGUAGUCACAAUAGCAUCCUUGACUCCUACAAAGAAUGGAGGAAAGAGUAACUUAGAGGUGUAGGCCAGAAAUAGUGUAAUGACUCCCGAAGGAGCUAAAAAUGAAUCCGCCCUACAAGACAUUCUAGUUUUAAAUCUAGACUGCUAUAGGAUGUGUAUCCUUAAGAGUUCUACACAAUCAUUCCUGAACAUGAUACAUAUGUACAAUUUAUUCAAAAUACAUAAAAAUCUCACUAUUUAUACAAUCUAAAGUCUAGCAAUAUAUACAAAUACAGAGUAACUACAGUACAGGCUGAGGUAAAGUACAUUCUGGGAGAAUAGAACAGCCAUUUUCAUACCAAACAAAUUACAAUGAUUUUUUGUAUCCAUUAUUGCUAUAGAAUAAAGAACCCCUCUGAUUUUACUGUACAUGGGACGAUGCCUAACUGUAUGUUUAAUUUGAGCAGAUGUACAUUAGCAAAAUUUUAUCUUGUAACAGACAUUUCAUGCAAGAUGCAUAGAGUAAAAAAUGUUUACACUGGGCUUUGGUAAACCUGGAAAGAAAAUAUUGGCUUUUUUCAAGAAGUCCCAAUUUUUAGAACAGUCACAACAACUUAAAAGAUGAAGUCAUUACUGAUUUCAUUAAACAAACUCUUACUGCACUGGAGGGAUUUUGCUUCUACAUGUUUUUCUACUGAAAUUCUGAUCUGCCUUAAAAACAAGUGAAUUAAUUCAAAGCCACUCAUUUAUGUGCUAUGGCUGGGGUACAGAUAGAUGUUAGACCCUGCUUUCAUACUGCAGCUGGUUAAA